GCAGGAGUUGGGGUAAAGCCUGGGGGGCAGCUUAUUUGUUUUAGCCAGGUUCUUCCAGAACAGAAUUGGUUCAAUUCAGUUUCUGCUGAUAGAUGUGGAGUUGUCUUAGGGAAGGUAGACAGACCUUCCUGCAGAGAGGGUCCCAAGUUGUCUUGUACAUUAGCACAAAGUUGUCUUGUACAUUAGCACAAAGUGAAGGUUGGUACCCCCCACCAACUCUUGUAGGAGCAAUUAGAUCAUUUCCCCUUACAUUUUUCUUCUUUAGAAACUUACGAUUUCAGGUAUCACUCAGCUAUGCACUAAGGAAAUGUAUGCAGGUUUGGCUAGGGCAUUAGGUCCCUCCAGAUUUUUCAAAACCUUGACUCACUACUUUAAAGUCAAGCGUGUCUUUGCUAGUGGGCUCCCAUUGAACAAAAUUGACUGGAGUUGGAAAAGAAGUUUUAACGCUUUGUCAGGUAAUUAUAUGCCUUUUUGUGUCUCCAGUAGAUGUAGUAUAUGGUGCGGGUGUUACAAACUCCACUGGUCAUGAUAGGCUAGUUGUUUUGGGGCUCAGCUCUUGCCUUUCUAUAUGCUGGCCUGUGGGUCAGAGGAGACAGGGGACUUGGGAGUGCUGGAUUCAGUUUGUCCGUGGUGGACAGGAGGUCAUAAGGAAAGUUAAGUGGACUCUCAGAACACGGAUAGCAUUGUUGUCCCCUUGUGUUUGGAGCAUGUAUAAAGAAAUGUAAGUGGAGAUAAGCAGCCUUGUAUGACAUGUAUGUGUGUAUGUGGUGGGGCGGCCUCCAGCGUCCUAAUACUUAGUACUCUUACUGACUACUGGUUAAGGUCCCCCAUUUAUCUUUCCCCAAAGCUAAAUGUUCUGCUUGGAAACCUAGUUCCUUCAGUGAUUCCCUAUUUCAAAUAAAAGGAUUUAAGUUGACGUAUGACCACGUGAGCACAUAAUACAGCACAUUAUUGUGGCAUUUGGAGUGAAGACCCAGGCAGGCUUCGCCUGUGAUUACGUUUUCUAGAUUCUCUACAGAGCGAGAGCUUUCCCCCACCCCCACGUACCUACCUCCUCCUUCUCCUUCCCCUUCUCCGGAGAGCGCUCUUCCAGCGGGUUGCAGUUUUCAGCGCUCAUGGAGCGGUUCUAGGCGAGCUAGCUGAUGGGACUGGAGGCCACACCAGGAGGAUGGAAUUUAUUUUAAGGUCUGCGGCAAGCGGCCAUUGGCGGCGGAGCGUCACGUGACCUCGGGGGCGUGCCAAUGUGCGCCCUUACGGGUGUCAAGCCCCUGUCAGAGUGUGCGAUCAAGAUUGUGAAACAACGCGAUGCAAAAAGCGACCUACUACGACAGCUCGGCGAUCUACGGUGGCUACCCCUACCAGGCAGCCAACGGGUUCGCUUAUAAUGCCAGUCAGCAGCCAUAUGCGGCAUCUGCCGCUCUGGGCUCUGACGGCGAGUAUCACAGACCUGCUUGCUCACUCCAGUCUCCCGUCAGCGCAGGGGGCCAUCCAAAAGCGCAUGAACUGAGCGAAGCGUGUCUGCGUACCCUGAGCGGCCCGCCCAGCCAGCCCCCAGGCCUGGGUGACCCGCCCCUGCCCCCACCCCCACCUCAGGUGGCACCCCCUGCCCCACAGCCGCCCCAGCCCCCACCACAGCCCCCUGCGCCCACCCCUGCGGCUCCGCCGCCCCCUUCUUCUGUCUCCCCUCCUCAGAAUGCCAACAGCAACCCCACCCCAGCCAGCGCAGCCAAGAGCCCCCUGCUCAACUCGCCCACCGUGGCCAAACAAAUCUUCCCUUGGAUGAAAGAGUCGAGGCAAAACACAAAGCAGAAAACCAGCGGCUCCAGCUCAGGAGAGAGCUGCGCUGGUGACAAGAGCCCACCUGGGCAAGCUUCAUCCAAACGCGCGCGAACGGCAUAUACGAGUGCGCAGCUGGUGGAACUAGAGAAGGAGUUCCACUUCAACCGUUACCUGUGCCGGCCACGCCGGGUGGAGAUGGCCAACCUGCUGAACCUCACAGAACGCCAGAUCAAGAUCUGGUUCCAGAACCGCCGCAUGAAAUACAAGAAAGAUCAGAAGGGCAAGGGCAUGCUAACGUCGUCGGGAGGCCAAUCUCCAAGUCGUAGCCCCGUGCCCCCUGGCGCUGGCGGCUAUCUGAACUCUAUGCAUUCGCUGGUCAACAGUGUCCCAUAUGAGCCCCAGUCACCCCCGCCCUUCUCCAAGCCCCCACAAGGCACCUAUGGGUUGCCUCCAGCCUCCUACCCUGCACCCUUGCCCAGUUGUGCCCCACCGCCACCCCCACCCCCACAGAAGCGCUACGCGGCGGCGGGGGCCAGCGCAGGAGGCACCCCUGAUUAUGACCCGCAUGCUCAUGGCCUGCAGGGCAACGGCAGCUAUGGGACCCCACACUUACAGGGAAGCCCCGUCUUCGUGGGGGGCAGCUAUGUGGAACCCAUGAGCAACUCCGGGCCGGCACUCUUUGGCCUAACUCACCUCCCCCACGCCACCUCUGCUGCCAUGGACUAUGGGGCCGCUGGGCCGCUGGGCAGCGGUCACCACCACGCGCCGGGGCCAGGGGAACCACACCCCACCUACACGGACCUUACUGCCCACCAUCCUUCUCAGGGAAGAAUUCAGGAAGCACCCAAGCUCACCCACCUGUGAUGGUGGGCUGGGGCUGCGCGCCAGGAGAGUCCCCCGCCCCUCCUUUUUCUUUUUUAAAAAUGUAUUUCCUGCCCCUGCCUUUUUUCUCUCCUCCGCCCCCCUUUCCCCGGUUUUGUUUUCUCUGGUAAUGCAUUUUUAUAGUUUAUGUGACGUAGCAAUUUUGGUUGCUGGAAUGGCUGUCAGUAUCAGUAGCGAUAUUUAUCUCUUCCCGCCCCUCGCUCGGCCACUGGCCCUGCGCCCUUUACCUUCUCCACUCUUUGAUCAGAAACAGGGUAUAUGAACAAAUUUUCUAGUCGAGUUUUCAAAUGUGAAUUUGUUCGUACUUUAUGGUUCCCGAGGGGGAGCGAUUACUUUUUUUUAAUUAUUUUUUUAGUUUUUUAAAUUGCACUUCUUGUAAAGAGCGAGAAAAAAAAAUCAAAGGCGCUUUGAAACAGGGGCUCCCUGUACAAGGAUGACUAAGUGUACGUCUUUCCGUGUGUGUAUGCUGGUGAACAGUCAGAUUUAUUUAUAUUUUUUUUGCAAGCAUUGAAUAGUCUAAGUUUUAAAUAUUAUUUAUCCCCAUCCGUUCGUAUUUAUAUUAAAGAAAUUCUGUACCCUGAUUGUUCAGAAGGUUUCUUGGGCCUUUUGUUCAAUGGUGUAUUGGCGUACUUAUAAAAUUUUUAUUUGAAAGGGAACUAUAAUUCCUUGAUAAAACGGUAAUGAUGCAAUAAAACCAGAGAGGAUCCAGCGUUUGAAAACAGUGAUUUAGGUUUGUAACAUCCGGCGAAACUGAACAUCCAAUCUGUAAACGCGAAAAAUGCUAGAUUUGUUUUGAGAGUUCUUACAUUCCUUGCUGCUCACAUUCUGAGAACAAAACAAAAAAAAAAUAAAGUUUUUAUUCUGAUUAA